AUGGAUUAUUCGCUCAACAUCAGUGGACUUCUAGACUUCACCUUGCAGUUGCUGAAGGAACUCAGUCAAGUGGAGGUCCAGCUGAUGUUGAAGGCAUCCACUCUAGCAACGAACUAUAUCUCGUCAUUAUGUUUGUGCAUCAUAGUCUUUCUUUCAUUAGUCUUUCUUUCAUUAGUCUUUCUUUCAUUAGUCUUUCUUUCAUUAGUCUUUCUUUCAUUAGUCUUUCUUUCAUUAGUCUUUCUUUCAUUAGUCUUUCUUUCAUUAGUCUUUCUUUCAUUAGUCUUUCUUUCAUUAGUCUUUCUUUCAUCUUUCUUUCUUUCAUUCAUCUUUCUUUCUUUCAUUCAUCUUUCUUUCUUUCAUUCAUCUUUCUUUCUUUCAUUCAUCUUUCUUUCUUUCAUUCAUCUUUCUUUCUUUCAUUCAUCUUUCUUUCAUUCAUCUUUCUUUCAUGUGCAUUUCACGGCCAAAUGCAAUGCUUUACGCUCUGAGUGGCUGGGAGCCCUCAAGGCAUUGUGUUGUUCGUCCAACCAUUCGUGUGGUUUUAUCGAUAUCUUAACACAAAUUGACGUUGGGGAUCUGUCCAUCCAUGACUCUCUAGCAGUCUUCACAGCCAUUCUUUUGGCUCGCCAUUGUUUUACACUGCAGAAUUUCAUGUACCGUGUGGCACUUCCCUCAUUGAUGUCUGCUUGCCCCUCGGUCUCUCUCCCCGCCUCUAUCCAUUCAUUUCUCUCUCUCUCUCCCCACCUCUAUCCAUUCAUUUCUCUCUCUCUCUCCCCACCUCUAUCCAUUCAUUUCUCUCUCUCUCUCCCCACCUCUAUCCAUUCAUUUCUCUCUCUCUCCCCACCUCUAUCCAUUCAUUCUCUCUCUCUCUCCCCACCUCUAUCCAUUCAUUUCUCUCUCUCUCUCCCCCACCUCUAUCCAUUCAUUUUUCUCUCUCUCUCUCCCCACCUCUAUCCAUUCAUUUUCUCUCUCUCUCCCCACCUCUAUCCAUUCAUUUUUCUCUCUCUCUCCCCACCUCUAUCCAUUCAUUUCUCUCUCUCUCCCCCACCUCUAUCCAUUCAUUUCUCUCUCUCUCCCACCUCUAUCCAUUCAUUUUCUCUCUCUCUCUCCCCACCUCUAUCCAUUCAUUUCUCUCUCUCUCUCGCCACCUCUAUCCAUUCAUUUCUCUCUCUCUCUCUCCCCACCUCUAUCCAUUCAUUUCUCUCUCUCUCUCUCUCCCCACCUCUAUCCAUUCAUUUCUCUCUCUCUCUCUCUCCCCACCUCUAUCCAUUCAUUUCUCUCUCUCUCUCCCCACCUCUAUCCAUUCAUUUCUCUCUCUCUCUCCCCACCUCUAUCCAUUCAUUUCUCUCUCUCUCUCUCCCCACCUCUAUCCAUUCAUUUCUCUCUCUCUCUCCCCACCUCUAUCCAUUCAUUUCUCUCUCUCUAUCCCCCACCUCUAUCCAUUCAUUCAUUCUCUCUCUCUCUCCCCACCUCUAUCCAUUCAUCUCUCUCUCUCUCUCCCCACCUCUAUCCAUUCAUUUCUCUCUCUCUCUCCCCACCUCUAUCCAUUCAUUUCUCUCUCUCUCUCCCCACCUCUAUCCAUUCAUUUCUCUCUCUCUCUCCCCACCUCUAUCCAUUCAUUUCUCUCUCUCUCUCCCCACCUCUAUCCAUUCAUUUCUCUCUCUCUCUCUCUUCCCACCUCUAUCCAUUCAUUUCUCUCUCUCUCCCCACCUCUAUCCAUUCAUUUCUCUCUCUCUCUCCCCACCUCUAUCCAUUCAUUUCUCUCUCUCUCCCCACCUCUAUCCAUUCAUUUUUCUCUCUCUCCCCACCUCUAUCCAUUCAUUUCUCUCUCUCUCUCCCCCCACCUCUAUCCAUUCAUCUCUCUCUCUCUCCCUCUCCCCAUUCCUUUCUCUCUCUCUCCCCCCCCCCUCUCAUUUCUCUCUCUCUCUCUCCCCACCUCUGUUCUCUCUCUCUCUCUCUACCUCUCUCCCUUUCUUGCUCUUUUCUCCCCUCUCUCUUGCUUCCUCCAAGCAUCUCUCACUCACUCACUCCCACCCUCCAAAUAAAGCCCAAAACCAAGAUCUAUCCAUUGGGAAAUUUCUUAAAAUCUCUAUAAAUUACAAUCUAUCCAUUCAUUUUCAGAAUUCCCCAAGAUUUCCUAUUCAUUUUUCAUUUUUGGUUCAAUCCAUUCAUUUGACUGAUAAGCUCUUGAAGAGAGUUUAUAAGAAAUUAGUUCCACUCAAUCUACUUUUCCAUGAUAACUAA